AUGUUGAAGCAAAUCGUUUCCAUUGCGUUGGUGCUAACUUUCUGUGCGCUGGAAAUCAACGGCAAGCCCAGCAAUCGUAUCGUUGGUGGAGAUAUCAUCUCGGUCGAAGAAGCACCGUAUCAGGCCGCCUUGCUAGUCAACAACAGGUUCUUGUGCGGUGCCGUCAUAAUCGCACCAUCAUGGUCCAUAACAGCGGCCCGCUGUGUGUAUACUCCAUCCAAAGUCUUGUUGCCGCCAGGGUUGCUGAAAGUUCGCGCCGGCACUGACGAUGCCAACAUUGCCUGGGGCAUCAACGACAUCCCUGUGGCCGGUGUAAUUCCGCACCCCAAUUUCAACUUUGUCAACUUCAACUAUAAUCUGGCGCUGCUGAAGAUGCAGCGCAACUUCGCCUACGAGCUACGCAUCAAGUGCAUCAAGCUAGUGGACAGCGACGCAACACUUCCCGAGGACCAGCAGAUUGAGGUGACUGGGUACGGAAGCAGCGAUCCGACCGUUCCCGCACAAGACGCCAAACUGCGACUGGUCGACGUGACCAUUGUGGAGCAGACUAAGUGUUUCCUGCAAUACGUUUGGGACGGAGAAUUGGGCAUCUCGAAUAAUAUGUUCUGCGCGGCCGGGGAAGGUCGGGACGCUUGUCAGUAUGAUGCCGGCGGGCCAGCCGUAUACCAGGACCGCCUCGUCGGUAUCAUAUCGCACGGACGCUACUGUGCGGAUCCGGAGCAGCCGGGCAUCUACACAAGGAUUUCGGCGUUACGCAAUUGGAUCGACAAAACCAUCGAGUCUAAUACGCGCAAACAAUCGAACGGAAAAUGUGUCAUUGACAACUGA